AUGUCUCUUUACGAUGACAUUAUUGGAAAUGAAGAGGCCGAUUCAAAUGGGACUAAUUUUACGACAACAACGCCAGCAGCGACAGGAAAAAAUUCCACGUCUCUCGGUGGUGAUUGGGACGACGAAUACGAUCCGAGAUGGCCAAAUGAUUACGAGAAAAUUCUCAAAGACCGGACUGAAAGCAGAGAGAAGGAACUCGAAUUGAAAAAAGCUAAAAAGGAAAAUGUUAAUAUUCAAGUAGUGGCUACUCGAAGUUUAGGGCUAGACUACGAUGACGACGAUGACGAGUACGAGGAUGAAGCGAAGCCUGAUAAAGUGAAAUCCCGAGCAAAUGCAUCUAUUGCUCCUCCACCAUCUUUAAUGUUAAAUGUUGAAAAGGUGACCAACUCAGUUGGAUUUGGCGUAAGUUCGGUCGCUGCUAAAAUUAUGGUCAAAAUGGGAUACAGAGAGGGCCAAGGACUUGGAAAAGAAGAGCAAGGAAUCAGCAAAGCUUUACAGGUUGAAAAAACCAGCAAAACACACGGGAAAAUCGUCAUUGAAAGCGAUGCUAAGAAACCCGAAGAUCCUUUAACGCCAACCACUGUUGUUCUACUACGCAAUAUGGUUGGACCUGGGGAAGUUGACGAAGAACUUGAGCCGGAAACUAAAGAAGAAUGCUCUAAAUAUGGUCCAGUGUCUCGGUGUGUCAUCUUUGAACGCGAUGAGUAUGAAAAUGAUGAAGAUGCUGUACUCAUUUUCGUGGAGUUUUUUCGUGUCGAAUCGGCCAUUAAAGCAUUAACAGACUUGAAUGGUCGUUAUUUUGGUGGCCGUAUUGUAAAAGCAUCUUUUUACGACUGUGACCGUUUUGAGAAUCGGGAUUUUUCAUAA